AUGUCGCCAAAAGUAUACCUCUUUUUUAUUACAGGAAGGGAGCUCCAAAAACGCUGGAAAAACCUACGAACCUGCCUCGAAAGGGAAAUGUCUUUUCAGAAGAAAGAAUACAGAGACAUAUUAGACGGCAGAGAAAUGAAACGCAGAAAGAGAUACGAAUACUUCAACAGAAUGCUUUUCCUGCUAAACAAAGAACAAAAGAAAGAAAUGGAAAAAAUUAUGGCUGUAACCUCUUCAAUUCUUCAUAGUGACACAACUGACCAUGUAAAUAAUCAGAGUGAAGUCAACAAUGAUUUAAAUGAAAUCAAAACUGAAUGUCCUAGUGAAUAUGAUGAUGAUGAUAAUAUUAUGGUCAUAGAGCCUGAGGAAGAACGGAAAGCAGAAAACCCGUUUCAAAACACUGAGAUUGUUGAAGGUGUCAGUUUGAAUUCUUUGAAUUGCGAGGAAGAUAAACUAUUUUUGCUGUCGCUGUUGAAAACUUUUGGAAAAUUCGACGAUAGACAGAGAUUUGAGGCUAAGAUUCAGAUUUUGCAGACGCUAAAGAAGAUACAAUUUCCUGAUGAUGCAGAAAUGAAUUGA